GUAUUCAAAAAGUAGGCCAACGGUAACAAAUCCUAAAACUGACCUUGUCUCUGUAUUGUUUUGUGUGGAAUAUUCUUGAUUGUGUAUAUUUUAAAGGCUAAAUUUUGUUAAUUAUCUUUCAAAGUUUCUAUAGGUUUGUUUAUAUUGCUUUUUGAUGAUGGCUUGUGUUUCCUGUUCUAAAUUGAAGCAGUAGAUAAGAUUAGCUUUGUGUAUCACUGAGGAGGAUUUGGUUUGUUUAUUCAUGUUAAAUAUACUAUAAAAUGGACACCUAGGAAAAUUCAGUUAAUUUUCAAAUUCUUAUCAGUUUCAGAAUGAGUGAAUCUACGGAUAGAGUUCUCAGGACCCGAUCUAAUAGCAUUGUGAGACAGAGGAGAAUAUCUACCGAUCAUGUUAGAUCUCGUAUUGUUGGAGAACUAGAAGGAAAUCAUGAAUCAGCUGUUUUUGAAGACAGACUACAUGGUAAUGGAGAUGUGGAGAUAAAUGAAAACCUGUCGAAUGAGAAUUUUGUGAGAAAUUUUGAGGAAGAGGAGAGUCCAUGGCAGAAUGGCCAUUAUAAGUCUGCCUCAGAAAUUGUCGCCUAUUACAGAAGUCUAGGGGAUUGGUGGAACGUUCUUCCAAAAACCGAUUUUAACUACGACCCCACGUCGAAGUGGUACAGGAAGGAGAUUGCUCCUGGCAUACCCAUGAUACCAAAUAUGGCCAGACCACCCCUACACCCAAAGACACCUAAGGUACCGUUUUCUGGAUGGUACACCAGAGAACAAACAAAUACCAGGUCAUCUGCGAGAGAUAACAGUGUGUCAUCCAGCUGUUCGUCAGCUGUUAAGGUUUCGUGGUACCGUCGGCUGGUGACCACAAUUGUGACAGCUGUCACCACAAUUUGGGUGACUGUCACAAGUGUCACCCACAUCACAGCUGGUAGAACGCACAAUGUGAACGGGAUACAUGCACAACGCCUCAAAGGUCGUCAGCUGUUCCAAGAGUCGAACGCCUGGUGGAGACUGCCUUUCGUCUGGUUGUAUAGGCUGAUGAUGAACAUACUGGCCGUUGACAUUGGAAUCCUAGCGGCUGUUAGGCGGAGUGCCAACAGGUUACGCAGUUCUAGGACGGGAGUCGAACUGGUCACCAUCUUGUUGCUUCUGUUGCCUUUGAUGCUGUUUUUCGAUUUCUACCGUGGAAUGAUAUCUGCAUCUCUUUCUACCAUCUAUGGAUGGGGAUCUGGGAUGUUUUCUUCAGUGGGUUCAUAUUGGAGCCAGUCGCAGCGUAGCUGUGAAACGGGAUAUUUUGAUCUGUUGAUUGAUAGUAUAUCGGCUGGCAUCGUUACAGUGGGACAGUCUGCAUGGCAGUUUGUGCUGUAUUUGUAUAGUUUCCUGCUACUCUUACCAACCCUCCUGCCAUCUCUCCCCUCCACGGCAACCAUUGCAACUGGUUCUGUUGCCAAGAUGGCGGCCACUAAUGACCACUUGCAACCAGCAAUGAGUCGUGAACAGCUGAUUGGUAUCGUACAGGAGGCGGUUCGGAGUACACUCAAACAGGACUCGGCUCAGUUGGUAGAUGAUACUGUACGGAGUGAGAAGUUGAAAGUGUUGCUGGAUCAGGUUGAAUUAACUACACCGGGCGAAAUGAACCUCACCCAAGUGCAGCAGGACUAUGUGAGUGUGAUGAUUGAACGGGCUCUGUGUCUCUACGACGCUGAUAAGACAGGAAUGGUCGACUAUGCACUUGAAUCUAGCGGAGGCCAUGUUUUGAAUACAAGAUGCACGGAAAGCUACAAUGGAGACAAUGGAGGACACCAGACCUAUGUCCUGUUUGGAUUUGCUCUCUGGCGUAGCUCCAACAGUCCUAGGACGCUGAUUCAGCCGGGUAUGCACCCAGGGGAGUGCUGGGCUUUCAGCGGUCAACUGGGGUAUGUGGUUCUACAGCUGUCCUCGACCAUCAUAGUGACAGGCUUCACACUGGAACACAUACCGCGCUCUCUGGCGCCUCAUGGACGUAUUGACUCUGCUCCCAAGGACUUCUCGGUUUGGGGCUUGAGAGACGAGGAUGAUAAAGAAGAAACGUUCCUGGGGAGAUAUCGGUUCCAAGAUAAUGGAACUAGUUUGCAGACGUUCAAAGCCAAUGCCGUAGAAGACCCGUUCAGACUGGUAGAGUUGAAGAUCGAAUCGAACCAUGGCAAUUUGGAGUACACGUGCCUAUAUCGCUUCCGGGUGCACGGCGUGCCUGUCUCGUGAGCCACUGCGCAUGCGUCGCACACACCCAAUCAAAGAUCUCUAGUUGACCUCUGCAGAGGUAUCUUGCAGAUUUCGAAGUUGCCAUGAUUCGAUAUCUGCCUAAACGUAUCGUCCCACCAAAGUACAAACGCUAAGCAUGGUUGGUCAUAUCAACACACCUCUGUACUAUUUAACAUUAGUUGGUAAGUGUAAUCAAUUUUGUAAAAAAAGCUCAUCAUAAAAACUUGUUCAACCUUAUGAACGUCGUUGCAAUGAAAACUGAAUGAACAUUCAACAUAAAUCAACCAAAAAUAUCAUAAAAUGUUUACCAAUGUAUAGAUAAACUUACAGUAGUUUACAUAAUAUUAUUCUUUGUACAUGUUGUAUUUACUUUUUAUUGUAAGAUUUUUAUCUUUAUAAUAAUUGUAUGGCACAGCUGAUUAUUUACUUAUUUGGCUAGUGAAGAAUUACUUUUAAUAUUUAUGUAAUAGAUGAAACUAAGUUUGAAAUGUCCUCUAAUUUUUAAUGAUAGUGUUGCAUGUGUGUGAGGAGAAUAUAAAGGUUUUAAUUAUUAUUAAAAUGUAAAUUGUUAGUUUAUUAGGCAUGGAAUACCAGUGUUAAUGAAGGCUAUAUUAUAAUAAUUAUUGAGUAUUCUUAGUUAUCAAUAUUUUUAUUGAUUUGUAUUUCAUGAAAUAAUAUUUGAUUGUAAUAGAUAAGCUUACUUCCUCGUCUUGAAAAAUUGAUGCUUUAUUGAAAUAUUUUGAUUUAUGUUAGUUGUGUCCAACAUGUUUUCAAAAAGUAUCCUAGCUUCUUAUCUUGAAAAAAUUAAUGUUUUUGUAAUAUUACCCUAAUUUUGUUCAUUUUAUCCAACUUGUUUUGAAAAUUGUGUAUAGAUGACACACAUAAAAAAGCGAAUCCUUGUUUAGUGUCUGAAAAAUUGAAAUUUUUAUAAAAAAUUCUCAACUUUUCUAAGUCUGCAUGAUUGUGUUUGAAUAAUUUUCCUUGGGGAAUAUUUCAGUCAGAUCAAAAGAAUUGAUUAAAAAUUUAAUGCUGUAUUCUCCAAUUUUGGAACAAUCUAAAUUUUAAAAUUGCUGUAUUCUCCAAUUUUGGAACAAUCUAAAUUUUAAAAUAGAAAGAAAUGAAAAAUAACAUUAUCUUGAGUUUGGUGUACUAAAGAACGUCCCUAUCUAAAUUUUAAAAUAGAAAGAAAUGAAAAAUAACACCAUCUUGAGUUUGUUGUACUAGAGAACGUCUCUGUAUUUGUAUUAUCAAUUAAUUUAACUUGACAGUAUUUAGAGGAUAGUAGAACUAUAGAGAUAAUAGUUUUUUAUAAAGAACUAAUAUAGUUUUCACCUGGAUUGUAUCUAGUGUCUAUGAAUAAAUAAAUAAAAGGCAUGACCUUAUCCUUAUGCUACGUUUCUCUGUGGUAUUAAAACAGGAUAGAUUAUUAUGUAACUGUUGCCAAUGUAUUAAAAUACCACUACACAUCAUUGUGAUGUGUUAGUGUUGCUAGCUCUUUUAAAUUUAUCCUGAUACAAAUGUAUUUGUUUUGAUACAAAAUAUUGUCUUGGCUUGGCCUGACUAUAUAUUUCCUUUGAAAAUUAUCCUCAUCAACCACGCACAAAAUGUAAUUUUAGUUACUAUUCCUAAUUUACAUCUGAAAUUGAUUGUAAAAUUAUUAUGAUGCUUUAGUUGUGUCACCGUGAGAAGAUCCCUGAAUGUCAUUUGAAAACCAUUGUUAAGAAAGAAAGCUAGGGAUCUUCUUGUGGUGCACUAACUAUUGCCUUUGAAUUCUUUGAGUAGUUUAUCAAUUAAUAAUAAUCAAUUAUUUCUUGUAAACCUUGUGAAAAUUUAACAAUAGCUAUAUGAAUUUUUGUCGUAAUCAGUUAUCAGUGACUUUUAAUCAUUUCUGUAAAUUUCUACAUUUUUUCAUUAACUAGAAUCAUAGAGAAAAUAUAGGAUAAGGUGCUAUAUGCUAUAUUUUCUCUAUGCUAGAAUUCAUCAAUAUUAGUGAAAAUUAUGAUUUUAACAUCGUAGCUCUUAAUGGAUCAAGAAACUCCUAAAAAUAACUGAUAGGAGACAAGAAAAAUUGAAUAAUAGUCAAGUUUUGACAAUCAUCUAUACUAUAAUAAAGGAAAGAACUGGCUUAUACACGUACGGGAUAGGAAAAUUAUGUUUGACGCAUCAUCACGUCUGAACUACUGGACCGAUUAACUUGAAAUUUCGCAUAUAUAGAUUCUUAAUUAACCGAGGAUGGUUAUAUUGCUAUUUUCAAUGUUUUAUUAGGUCAAUUUUUCAGUUUGUCAAGUUUUAACAUAUACACACGGGUUUCCUGCUUGUAUGAAAUAAUAUUGGAAUAUAUAAUUCGCUCCUCAAUAUAGAAUAGAAUAGAAUUUUUCACUGUGUAAUUUGGUUUUUAAAUUUGUAAUAAUUAUUAGUAGAACAUUCUAUUCUUUUUCUUAAUUUAUAAUAAUGAAAAUGUCACCCGCAAUAUUAGUUCUGGAGGAACCUAUUAAGAUGAUCCAUCUUUUAUAAAGUUAUAAAUUUCAAUUAAAAUUCAAAACAUGUAGAUUAAUUCUUCUAGUCUAAUAUUUAUUUGUUGAUUGUUCAUAAAUUUUCAUCGUAAACCAUUUUCUACCCUUGAUUUCUAUCACCUUGUAUUACCUAUCCAUUGUCUUGCCAAUGUACUAUUGUAUAAAUUAAUUUCAUAUUGAUUUCAAAUAUUUGUUACAGAUCUUAUUGAUCAUUUUUCGAGCUCCAACACCUAGUAUUUUAUUAUCUUGUCAAUGUACUUUCAAUAAUAUAUUCAUAUUGGAUUCAAAUAUUUGUUACAGAUUAUAUAUGAUUAAGUUCUGAGCUUUGUAUUUAAAUAUCUAAGUUUGUAAUUGGAAAUUAAUAUAUAUUUUAAUUAGUCAGGUAUGUAAGUUUGUAGAAAACUAGUCAGUCGUUAUUUGAAGCAAUUUUACUUGAAUAAAUAUUAAAUUUAUAUCAGUAGAUUUAAAUUUAGAUUUUAAAAAGUAGUAUAGAAUUAAGAACUUAUGGUUUCACAUUUUCUAAAUAUCAGGACUCAGUUUUUAUACCAUUAGAAAACUCUUAUCGCAAUCUCAUUAUAUUUUAUUCAAUCAUCUAUCUCUUUAUUAUUAUUUUUCAUGUUUCUUCUUUCACCAAAUUGACAAAAGAUAUCUAUUGAUUUCGCGCAUGUUGAAUUCUACAGAGUAAUUUAAUGUUCCAUGUUUUAAAAAUAUAGAAUUAGAGUAUA